AUAGUACUUCUUUUCUCUGAUAAAAAAAAAUCCCUUUUUUUUCUUGUUAGUUUUUGGAUGAUCAUUUCAACAUGGAUAUAAAAAUGACACGGCACACUUCGACUAAUCUCGAAGACAUUGGCAAGAAAAUAGCCCAGAUUCUACGAGACCCUGGCGAUGCAUUUGAUCAGGCGUCGGUUGACAUUGAUGCAAUGACAUUGUCGGAGCUCAAGGCGUUUGCAGAACAAGGUGGUUUGGGUGCAUGCGUAUCCAAAGCGGAUGUACUUGCGGAUACGCCAGAUGAUCUCAUGUACCUGUCUGGGGAACGAAUCGUGGUGCUCAAACAUAUAAAGAAUGACCUUUAUCUAGGCUACUGCGAAGGUGUCGUUGGACAAUUUAAUGCAGAGAGCGUGCACUUUGUGGAACUCGAUCCGCGUGUAUUAGAAUCUCUCGACGCCGAACUCGAUUUCGCUACUGAUGGCGAAGGAGGAGGUCCACAUCCAGACUUCCAUCGAUAUUCGAAUAGCAGCAGUAACGAAUCACCUAAUCGCCAUUAUUCGUACUCAUCGACUUCGGAACAGCUCUCUAUACACGAUCCUUCACACAAAUGGCCUGGUCGAUCUAGUCUCGAAAGUCUGGUGACAAACUCGUCAACACCAUCCAUGCCCAAUAUGCGACAAAAUAGAGUAGUAGAAGACCCAUACUAUGGAGGUAGCAGCAAAAAGGGGCUGCUUGUUAGUCCAACACCUCCUCCACCACCACCAUUGUUAAACAGCGAAGAAGGAACAGAAAACUUUGAUACCUCUGCAUUUAACGACGAUUAUUCGGAUGAUUCGGAUAUCGAGGCCUCUAUACCACAAAUGCAAUUCACAACUCAACAAACCGUAUCGCCCACAGGAAUGGAGCCAGGAACAACCUUGUUUAAAUCCACAACAAUCAGAGCAGUACGACCCGCUGGCCGGAGACCGGUUCCUGACAAAGACCAUAGUAUAUCUGCAGAUGAUGAGGAACAGCAUGAUGGUGACGAUGAAGGAGAUAAACCAAUGCCACCACCGAAAGAUUUAUCAAUAUCGAGAGAGAAUGACAGCAUGCCUGUCGAUGAAUAUGGCUUUUUGAUCCAACCAGAGCAUGCAAGACUGAACGGCAAGACAUCGCUACAAAGAACGGAUUCGUCCACGAAAUCCAUCAAGGCGUAUAGAGAGCAGGAAAACAAAUGGAUUCAUACUCUCGGGAAAAUGGAUCCUGCUACUGUAAAGAAGGAUGCCAAGUUCAAAAAGAUGGCUCGUUCUGGAAUGCCAGCAUCGGUCCGUGCACGCGUCUGGCAGUUUUUGGCUGGUGGUGAUUCGUACAAAAAGAGCGGAAUGUAUCAGAACCUUUGUAAUAAGCCACGAAUUAAGAUCUUUGAUGUCAUUGAACGUGAUAUUCCACGAUGUUAUCCAGAUCAUAGUCAAUUUAGUGAUGAGACAGGACAGGGACAGCGCGAUUUAGGUGAUAUUUUGAAAGCAUAUUCUCACUAUAACACACAACUGGAGUAUUGCCAAGGCAUGGGCCGACUUGCAGGAUGUAUGUUGAUGCAUAUGCCUGCUGAGGAUGCGUUUUGGCUACUGGUCGCUACUAUUGAUCGCUACAUGAACGGAUAUUUUACACCUUCAUUAUCGCAAAUUCGCAUUGAUGCUUAUAUUAUCGGUGAAUUACUCAAAGAUCAUCAGCCAAAGUUGGCACAGCAUCUAGAAAACAAUGAUAUACAGCCCAUCAUGUAUAUAGCACAAUGGUUCAUGACGGCAUUCACAUUAACAUUACCAUGGAGCUCCGUAUUACGUGUAUGGGAUGUAUUCUAUUUUGAAGGCGUCAAAGUAUUUUACCGGAUAAGUCUUGCUAUACUAGAACUCGUAAAAGAUCAUCUCUUGACGGCAUGUCCCACAAAUUCUGAAAUUUUGACAUUCUUGUUACACAUUCCACACGAGUAUCUUGCACCUGAUCAGCUUUUGGAAGUCGCCUUCCGCAUCAAACUGUCAAAAACCGAUAUUCGGCGGUAUGCGAAAAAGGCCAGUAGCAGUACGACAGAUGCCAUGGGACUACCUCUUGAGCACGGACUCAAGAACUUGAUGGCUGGAAACCCUACGUCGACGUCGUUUAAAGGUCUUGGAGGCAAAAUAAUCAAGUAGAUUCAUUAGUAUUCUUCUAGCACCGUGUGUUAUUUUCAAAGCAUUUCUCCAUAAUAUUCAUUAAUUCUUCCACCAUAAUACCUUAAAUCAUCAUAUCAUCAUCACAACCUUUCUAAUUUUAAUUUCUCAUUCUUUUCCUUUUUUUCACACAUACUUAAUCAACAUUAUUCUUUACAUGCUGCGAUAUUCCAUUUCUUAUUUACCUUUAACUUGACUCAAUAAUAUAAUGCGUGUAUAUUA